UUUCGGGAGUGGCACAUUGGUACAUACUUACAAAGAGAAAUAUAUUGCAAUACCUGUGGAAGAUAUCUUGUUAUGGUUCAUCAAGACUUUGUUUGUGACACGAGGAACGUUUUCACGAGGAACGAUUUCAAGUUUGAGUUCAGGAUACUGUUACAUACCGCACAUACGAGAGUUCGAGUGACAAGUAUUCCAAGCUGCUGUGUUUGGUAUGUAAAGGGCACGAACUGAAUGCGAUUGUGUAUAUGACUAGUGACGUUCUAAAUGGUCCCGCGUGGAAGAAAUAAAUGGUCAUAGUUAACUCUUGUUGCAUGUGAAUCAUGGCGGUUUGCAAAAUGGAAAAGUCGAGUCGACAUGUGCGAUGUAUUCUGAGUAUUAUAAUGUGUUUGUUGCUUGUUACGGUGACAAACACCUCUGGGAAUACCACUUCUGUGGUUCCAACCACCGGGGCGAUCGAUGAUACUAUAACUACCACGCUCCAGAACGCUUCGCCAGAGGUUACACAAGGUCAAUCGUCGUCUGCUACGGACUGUAUAUUAACCCUCCCACCCGAUGAGAAAGGAGAUGUUGAGGAUAGGAUGAGAGAAGUCUUCCAAGAUAAUGCUGUCUUCAUCUACUUCAAACUGAAUUUUUCAAAUCUCCAAGAUGUUUAUGAUAACAGCUCCGAUGUCAUUGAGCCGACCACAUGGGUGUGGGCCAUUGAGGGGAAAGGCGAGUUGCUUCUCUCCUACCCGUUUGACUUUGAGCAGCUUUCGCUAGGGACUCUCAGUUUGGGCGUGGUCACCGUAGGGGUGCCUGUCAUUACCCCUCCUGAUGAUUGCUUUGGGAAGGCCAUAGACGAUGAUAAAGAACGGAUCAUAGCCAGGUUCAUCAACAGUCUCGUUCACUCGACAAACGACACCUUAGACAUCACCAACAAAGAAUUCUAUGCCGACAAAGGAGCGAUGGUAUGUCUGGAAAAGCAGAGGUCUGAUGACUUUGACCUCAUCGGGGUUUAUGCCAUACCUCUUUGCACUUAUUAUGUCUUCCAAGGGAGCACAAUGUAUGAGUGUUGGGCAGGGAACCAGAAUCCUUUCGAGACAGAGUCAACCCUUGUUCUUAAGCAUGGAUGGCUUGGCGCCAUCUUUGCCAUUGGCUUCCUCCUAGCUCUGUUCUCGCCCUUGGCAGCCAGUUUCUUUAUCAGGAAACAAGAACCUAUCAAGAAAGAUGGAAAGGAGUACAUCGCACUCAAUGCCGACCUCCCUCUUGGACUGAAAUACCUACUUUGCUUCAGCUUUCAAGACUACCCAGUGGUUGUUGCUGUCCGGUGGUUCGUAUAUGUAGUCGCGUUUAUGAUCAUUCCGUUCAUUCCUUACAUAGUGUCUUACGUCGUGAGCGACGAGGCGUUCGUUCAACGCCUCGAAGUCGCCUACGGACUCCUCUUAAGCAAGGGCCUCGUCAUCCUUUGGUUCAUCCUAGUGAACACCAUGUUCCUGGCCAUAGCCAUGCUGUUCCUUAGUCUCUACCUAUACGACGAUUCGUUUGUGCCCAACAGUCUUGAAGUGAAACGUGCAGAUCGCAUUUACUUCGGCUUCGCUUUUGAAUUGCCAGAGGAGCUGUGUGUUCCAGAGAAACCAAGUUCAUCAAACACAGCACUCCGCAUGUUCAUGUACACCAUGUGGUACCGCACACAAAUGGCCAUCAACCCUGCAAUUUGGAGCUUUUGGUUCUCACCGAUAUGGAACUUCACUUAUGGUCUCUUAGGUGGGCGGAAGGAUGAGGAAAACAAGAAUAAAUGUCGCCUUCUCGUCACCUUCCUCAUCUUCAUUAUCGUCUUCCCAUUCGCUCUUAUCAUAUUCUGUUUCUUCCUGUUAUUAAAUUCUGUACCUCUUAUCUACAUGUUGACAUGGACCAUUGCCAAGUGUUUGAGUAACAACGUGAAGGCCGUCGAAGUCUUCGUUGCCUUCAUGGCAAUGUUCCUCUCCUUCGCCGUCCUUUUCAUUUUCGUUGCCGCGUUCGUCUACAUCGCCGAGCUUAUCGGGUACACUUUCAUCGGAUUUGUCCUGAAUUCCGAUUUUGCAGGUCCGGUUGUUAUAGUCAUAAUCACAGUUGCCGGGUACCUGAUCACAGCAGCUACCAAUUUCUAUGACAAAUACUGUGUUCUGCUGAAGAGGACAAUUGAAAUAGCUGACCAUGUGUAUAAAGAAUCGACGUGGAAGUCGGUGAGGAACUCUUCGACACCACAUCCUCGACCUGUUAGCGAAACCACCUGUGAUGUAAACGACGGAGACGCAACCGAUCAGGAAGACAUCGAACUUCAGCCCGUCAUGGACAACCAAACUGUUCAGCCCAACCCCGGUCGCCGGUUGGUUGAAUUUAAAAAUGGCGUCCCCAUCAUUCCGCUCCACCUCUUCAAACUCGUCAUCGCAAAAUACCAACCCGUCUAUCUCGAGGUCGCUAGCACUCUUUUUCAACUACUCAUCAUCGCAAUCGUCGUCGCCUUCGGACUGGCAACGAUCAUUUUCAUUGACGGAGUGAGUGACCUGCCAGCCACUGUAGAGUUUUUCGCGACGGUGGUCGUGGCGGGCGUUGUGCCUGUAUUGAUGCUGAUUUUGAAGUCGCCUGGCAAACAAGAGAAUGAUGACGAAGUGAAACACCACCAACUUGAGGCGGACCUUGAACAUUACGCUGAAUGCCCGCCAGGAGAGGAGACUUUUGAAAAAUUGGUUUUAUAAUAGUCGCGGUGCAUAUACAGGAGCGUAGCUAGAGUGGUAUGUUGGGAAUAGCGGGCAAAUUAUUAAUUCUAUAGUCGGAAAAUUGCAACAAAACCCCUCCCCUCAUACACUUCCACAUGCACACGCAUACGCAACACACAUCAAAAUAAUUGUAUCUAGCGACUCCUUGUACAAGCAAAGUAUCUAAAAUACAUUGUAUAAUCUCUUGUAGCUUUUGUGAAAUUCGCUGCUCGAGAGAGAUGUGCAUUGUGCACACACGUUAUACGUAUAUUGGUAGAUAAUAAUUCAACCAAAUCUGAUGUCGGCGAAUUACGAUACAAGGCAAAUGGACAUUGAUUAUUAUGUGGCUUUAAAUUAAAAAAAAAAAAAAAAUCAGUUAUGUUAAAGUGCAACUCGAGUUUUACCAUCGACCACUAUAUAGAGCUGGGUAUGCGGCUCUUUAUGUAGGUAACCCCUUUUAAUUAACUCAGGGAAUCUCCACCUACCCUUCCUUGCAUAGAUGACAUUGGAAGGUGUAGCAAGCCUCCAUUGUAGCUAUACUUUGAAUUUAUUCUUAUUAGCAAGCUAAGAAACACACACUAUAUAGAGAGUCCUGUGAAAGCCCAGAUACAUUGCAUCACUUAAACAAUGAAGCACUGUAGCACGAGGCAGAAUUUGACUUUUAAAAAGAUUAAAGACCACAGAAGUAUAGUUCCAUCAGCCAAAACUUGGUACAAAGUGAUUUUUGACAAUACCUGUAAAACACCCUGGUGUUCAGUCAUCCGUGGCAGCGAUAUUAUGAAUAGAGAAUCAUUACGCGGUAAACAGGUUACUGUUCAUUAUGAAUUAGAAGUCUCAUUAGUAAUGACUCAUUGAUAAGGAGCUACCAAAGUUGGGUAUACUCUUUUUGAUACGCACUGUAUAAUAGUGUAUGGAAAUUGCCUUUUGGUCGAUUUCUCAAAGUCUCUGCAUUUGUUGAUAUCAUUG